AUGGCCACAGCAGAAGAGCAGCAAGAUCCUCGUAUAGCCAGAAUUUCCUCUGCUAUCAGGGUCAUCCCUGACUUCCCUAAACCAGGGAUUAUGUUUCAGGAUAUAACAACGUUGCUUCUUGAUACAAAAGCGUUUAAGGACACUAUUGAUUUGUUUGUUGAGAGAUACAGAGAUAAAAACAUCUCUGUUGUUGCAGGUGUUGAAGCAAGGGGUUUUAUAUUUGGCCCGCCCAUUGCAUUGGCAAUUGGAGCAAAAUUUGUACCCAUGAGGAAACCCAAUAAGUUGCCUGGGAAGGUUAUUUCCGAAGAGUACUCUUUGGAAUAUGGAACAGACAUAAUGGAGAUGCAUGUGGGUGCAGUAGAAGCAGGAGAACGCGCAUUGGUAAUUGAUGAUCUCAUUGCAACUGGUGGGACCUUAUGUGCUGCAGUGAAACUACUUGAGCGUGUUGGGGUACAUGUUGUCGAGUGUGCCUGUGUUAUUGAAUUGUUAGGGCUGAAGGGACGCGAACGCCUAGGAGACAGACCAUUAUUUGUCCUUGUAAACUCAACCUAG